UGCGAGUGUAGACUGCCUGUACUUCUGCUUCUCUAUAUAAUCUGGAUUACUGGAAUUGCAUAAUCAUGCGGGGAGACGUGGAGGUGUAGCUCGUACUACAGGAGGUGGUUUUGCUUUGGGUGUUUCGUGACACGAGAAACAGAGACUGAAUCCUCGCCGCCGCGGGUCUUUAGUCGGUUCUCGCGGCUGCAGUCGAGAACCUCGUGUUGGUCUACAUUUUGUGCUUUUUGUAUAUGCAUACCUAUAUAGGGCAUCUCAUUUCAGGCCGCAGUUUUGCUGAAAUUCGCCAGCGCGCACGAAAAUCCGCCGCUGUGUAAACAGCCACACCUGCCCGGGCCCUUCGUAAUCCUCUUGCUACCAACGACCGUCACGAUUCUGGCGAAAAACGUGUCGGCGCAGAGCAAAGGUGGAGGCGUCGGGCGCAUUGUAAGAUAAGCCUAACGGUUUAUAUAUAAAGCGUCGAGAAGCCGGCAGUCGGAGAACAGUCGUCGGUUCGCCUUGACCCUGACCAGAGGAGAAGAAGAAGAAGUAAGUCGAGUGGAGUUUUCGAGUUAAUAUAACCUAGUGGCGGUGAUAGAUUUUCAGUGUUUGCACAGCUCUAUUAGGAGGAUUUGGAAUCACGGUCACGUUUGUCGAGAUUCGUUUUUUAACAGAGCCAGAACCAUGGGAGCUUCCAGGCGCAUCAAUGCGCUGUGCGUCGUGGCCUUUGCGCUGUUUGCAGCCGCUGCUGCUCAACAAUGCUCAACCAAGUUAAACGGCAACUUAAUUCUCGCUGAGGCGGGUUCAAUCGUCAAGGUCGACGCCUCUGGCCAGAACCGCGAGGUACUGACAAGCUCGGUGAACCAGGCCAUCAGCUUAGACUUCGACUACCAGAGGAACAUUCUUUACUGGGCCGAUCUCGAGUCAGCCGAGAUUUACGCUCUUGAUGAGAGCGCUUCCAAACCACGAGUCGUCGUGCCCAAGCAGAAGCAGUGGCUGCCCUUCAGUCUCGCUGUCGACUCUGUCACCGAGAAGCUUUAUGUAGGCGAUGGAUUUUCCGGUACCGUAAGGAUCUUCGAUUUGAAGAAUGAGAAGCUCGAUGGUAUCGUUGUGGGCAACAACCUGCGCGAGGUCAGGAGUAUUGGAAUCGACGUUAACGCCGACUAUCUCUUCGUUAAUGAUAGGUACCAGAUCUUGAGAACCGAUCUCGACGGCUCGAACCGAAAGGUUUUAUACGAGUACGAGACAGAAGAUGAAAACGAGGUUGUGCCACCCCAGCAUAUCCGUCAGCCUAUUUCUGUCUUCCGCAUUCUCGUUGAGCCUGAAGCCAAACGUCUAUACUGGAUCGACUCUUUGGCCCGCAACAUAGUAAGCAGCGACUACGAUGGCCAGGACAGGAAGAUCGUGUUCCAGGCCCGUGAUGGCCAGCCCAUUUCAGAGUCUCUCGGCUCAUUGGCCAUCCAAGGCGACUACCUCUACUGGUCCGACGUUGAAAACAACGUCGUCUACAAGAUCGACCUUCAGUCUAGCAGCAGCAGCAGCAUCCUUAACGUUGCGCCUAUGUUCGUCAAGGCCAUCUCUUGCCCAAGUCAGAAAUCUAUUUCCAACCCCUGCGCUCAAAACAACGGCGAGUGCGAGCAGCUCUGCGUACUAUCCAAGGAUAGCAAAAGCAAUCGCAAGUGUGCCUGCCAGGUCGGCUACGAGCUAGCCAAGGAUCAAAAAUCUUGUAUCAAGGUGCGCAACUUCUUGCUCUUCACCCAGGAAAAUUAUAUCCGAGGACAGAGUUUCAAUACCGACGGUGAGGCUCACGAUGAUGUGAUCAACCCCUCGCAGUUCCCUGUAGGCACUCUGGCGUUAAUAGAUUACAAUGCCGAGGCCAGGGUUGUAUACCACAAUGGAAUCUUUCCUCAAAACCACCUGUACCAGGUAAAUCUGGAUAAUAGAAAGGAAAGUCAACUUGAGCCCAAUCUUCUCAGUAAAGAUGUUAGGUGGUUGGCAUAUGACUGGGCAUCGAAGAACCUCUAUUACUUUACCUACUACUACGACAACCAGAUCACUCUCAGUGUGUUGAACGUUGAAGAUCCGACCUACAGUAAAAUCAUAGUCGAUGAUGUACAGAGGCUUGUAGCUGGAUUGGCAGUUCACCCACAUAAAGGAUACAUUUAUUUUGGACAAAACGUCGAUGACAAUUAUGCCAGGAUUGUUCGCGUAAAUAGCGAUGGAUCUGAUCUUAAAGUCGUGGUCGACUUGGGUAAAGGCAUAACCAUCUCUGGCCUGGCCAUCGAUUUGGAAGAGGACAGACUUUACUGGAGCCAACAUCCGCUAUCCGAAGACGAAUACAUUUCCACCCUGCGCAACUCUGACCUGGAUGGCGGUGAUGUCAUCUCUGUCAGUUUGCCCGAGAAUCUUUCCUUCUCUGAACUAUCUAUUCAAAAAGAUUACAUCUAUGGCAUUAACGCUUCCCAAACUCAACUUCUCCGUCUUAGUAAAAGGAAUCUUAGCAACAAAGUCGUUCUGGUCAGAGACAGUCCACCAGGUACUCUGAGUGGUCUCAAGCUUAUCAGCAAAGAUAUUCAGAGUGUCAAACCUGAUCAUCCUUGCGCCGUCGGCAACCACCAGUGCGCAAAAUUCUGCUUCGCUGUCGAGGGCAAGGCAGUCUGCGGAUGUCCGUACGGCGAGAAGUUAGAUGUCGACGGAAAGACGUGUAUCGAUAACAGCAAGGUUGAACCACCUUUCAAGCCCUGUAGCGCAAGCUACAAGUGCAAUAAACAGACUGUUUAAGUCAUUGAGAAAGUGACGAGACUUUAUGUGCCAUACGACGAGAAUAUAACAAACAUUUUUGUUGAUUGGUCAUGAGAUAAUUGUUAAGUUAAAUUUUAUAUACAGUUGAAGAGCUGUGAGUGUUGACUGAAAUAAAGAUUUAUUCUUAAA